CGAAAUUCCAAGUCCACGUCUGCUGUUGUAGCCCAAAAGCUCCUUUCUUCCCAACUCCCAUUACACCUUAUUUCGGCUCAUGGCGCACUCCGAGAUGUCAGAAGAUGACGAUUUGCCACUGGUUGGGCGCAAUGGUGGCUCUAAUGGCCAUCAUCAAGCCAACGGCAACGGAAACUCUGGCAGACGCGUAGCCUCGCAGAGCGACGAUGAAGAUAUGCCAUUGGCGACCUCGUCAGCACCGCCUCCACGCCUGCUUAAGCGCAAAGCACUGUAUGCUGAAUCGUCCGAGUCGAGCGAUGAUGACACGCCGCUCGCAACGUCCCCGGCGAAGCGAACGACUUCUGCAGCCGUUCCGAUGCCUGGCGCCAUAGAAGCCACGACUGUUUCAAAACGCAAGGGGAAGAUGGGCAAGGUUAAAGCCGAGUCCUCUGGCGAGGAGUACGUCGAGGACGCUCCGAAGAAGAAAGCGGUACGAGGCAGGCCCGCGAAGAAGAAGGCUAAACAAGAGGCUUCCUCGGACGAUGACGACGACAAGCCUUUGACAAAGAAAGCUCCCGUUGCACGCAAACGGAAGGUCAAGGUCGAGAGCGACGGCGAGUCCUCUGACGACGAAAAACCUCUCAUCCAGAAACCUGCGGCGAAGAAAUCGCGUGUCUCGAACGUGAAGAAAGAGAGCCCUGCUUCGGGUGAGGAAUCAGCGCCUGCGAAAAAGUCGCGUACGACGAAAGCGAAGAAGGAGGUAACCGGCGAUGAUUCGCCGGUCAAGGGCAAAGGAAAGAAAAAAGAAAAGAAAGAAGACGAGGAGGAACAAGAGGUUUUCAGGUGGUGGGAGGUUGAAAAGGGCGAUGGGUCCGUAAAGUGGACGACACUGGAGCACAACGGUGUGCUGUUUCCUCCGCCAUACGAACCGCUUCCUUCCAACAUCAAGAUGAGAUACAACGGUCGGGUGCUUGACCUUCCUCCUGCGGCAGAGGAGGUCGCUGGCUUCUAUGCUGCGCUCCUCGAAUCUGACCACGCUAGUGACGCGCAAUUCAAUAACAACUUCUUCGGCGACUGGAAGAAGGUUCUUGAGAAACAUCCACCCCGUGACGGUACAAAAAUUGUUGAUUUCGAGAAAUGCGACUUCCGUCCGAUGUUCGAGCACUUUGAGGUGCUCAAAGCCGAGAAGAAAGCUGUACCAGCGGCUGAACGAAAAGAGCUCAAGAAAGCCAAAGAUGAGCUCGAAGCCAAAUACAUCAACUGCCUUCUCGAUGGGCGUAAGGAGAAGAUCGGCAACUUCCGAGUUGAACCGCCAGGUCUGUUCAGAGGCCGUGGAGCUCACCCGAAGAAAGGGUCUCUGAAGGCAAUCCGUCCCGAAGAUAUUACCAUAAACAUCGGCCAGGACGCUCCUGUUCCUAUUCCUAAUAUGCAAGGCAAAUGGAAAGGCGUCAUUCACGACAACACAGUGACAUGGCUGGCCACAUGGACUGAGAAUAUCAAUGGCAACCACAAAUACGUCUUUUUGGCUGCCGGCAGUUCCCUCAAAGGUCAAAGCGACAUGUCCAAGUUCGAGAAAGCUCGUGAAUUGAAGAAUCAUGUCGAUCGGAUUCGCCAAAACUACACGGCCGAUCUGAGACACAAGGUGAUGGCUGACCGCCAGCGUGCGACUGCCAUGUACUUCAUCGACAAACUAGCUCUUCGAGCUGGAAAUGAGAAGGGCGACGACGAGGCUGACACCGUGGGCUGUUGUUCAUUACGAUGCGAACACGUGACUCUCGAGGCGCCCAAUUUCAUCAUCUUCGAUUUUCUGGGCAAAGAUUCGAUUCGUUAUUACAAUCGGGUUCCGGUUGAUACUCAAGUGUUCAAGAACAUCCGCAUCUUCAAAGACAAUAAGGAAGAUGGGGACGAUCUGUUUGAUCGCGUUAGCACGACCGGUUUGAACAAGCACCUUGCAUCAGAGAUGAAGGGCCUCACGGCCAAGGUGUUCCGUACUUUCAAUGCCUCCAGCACGUUCCAGCGCCUUUUGGACGAGAACAGACUGGAGAACGCGACUCUGCAGGAGAAACUGAAUGCUUACAACAAGGCUAACCGAGAAGUCGCCAUCCUCUGCAAUCAUCGAAGGACCAUUCCCAAGACCCAUGAGCAGUCAAUGGAGAAAUCCAAGGAUAAGCAUCGUGCUCUCAAGUACGAACGAAUGAAACUACGGCAUGCACUAUUCAAGAUUGACAAGAAGUUCAAGAAACAUGCAGAGUACAAAGAGGAGGAAUCAGACAUAGACGACGAAUGGAUCAUCAAACAUGAGGAGACGACUCAGGCUAUCCAGAUCGAGAAAGCGGAGAAAAAGUUUGCGAAAGAGAACGAGAAGCUCGAAGAGGAUGGCAAGGAGCCUCAGGAUGACUCUGUUCUAGAGAAACGGAUUGCCGAGAUCAAGGAGGAGUUCGAGGCACUAGCUGAAGAACGGGGGACCAAACUUCAUGAACCGAAGAAAGCAAGGCCUGCGGAUAAGAUUGAGGAGGCCAUCAUCAAGCUUACGGAGAGGAUCAAAGCGAGCAAGCUCCAGCUUGACGACAAGGAUGAAGGCAAAGAAGUUGCGCUGGGCACCAGAAUCACUGCUGCUUGGUGCAAGAUUCAUGAUGUCCCUGUCGAACGGCUUUUCAGUAAGACUUUGAUGGUCAAAUUCCCUUGGGCUAUGGAAGUGGACGAGGACUGGAAAUUUUAAGGUAUUCUCGGGUUCAACAGUCGGUCGGAAUGAGUGAAGGACUCGCACCAGUCUGUAGAUUACGUACACACGAAUUGUAGCUGAUACACGUGCCGAUUUUGGCGGUGCGGCAAACGAGCUGCGUUUGCAACUUCAAACUUGCCCUACAUGUCUGUCGCGUCCAAAACUGCUUUUGCUUCUCUUACUGUCGAUUCUGGAGAGGACACGGAAGAUGAGGAGGUUCUUGAGCUUGCUCCGAGCGUCCCCCAGUCCGUAGAGUCGGAUCCUCAACCGGAGCGCAGACCUUCAAAGACUGCACUGAAAAAGGCCGCGCGACUGGUGAAGAAGCAGAAGGAAGCAGAGCUGGCUGCCCAAUCAAGUGUCGUCACUGCAUCACCACCAACUCCCAGCUCUUUAUCGAACUCGGUAGUUGAGCCCGUGCCCGUUCCCGCAGAAACUGUGGAGUCGGUGGAAACUGCGCCAGUAACAGAGUCGCUCACGAAUGGACACGUCGCUCCGUCUUCUCUGUCUGCUGCAAAGCUCGAGUCUGCGGCGGCCCCCGCAGUGCCUCCCCCAGCUCCACCGGCAUUGACCAAUCCAGAACCUGUGGCGCCCGCUAUGAAGACGACACCUUCUCCGGUUCCUGCUGCGGCACAGCCUGCUGCCACACCGGAAGCUGCAGAAGCGACGAAAAAGAGGCAAAACAUGUUCACGAGGACGCUGUGGACGUUCAUUAUGAUUGGGACCUUCAUAGUUCUCCUUCUUCUCGGACACGCGUACAUGAUACUCCUCGUCAUGCUAUGUCAAACACUGGUUUAUCGGGAGGUCACGGCGCUGUUCUCGCUCACAUCGUCUGAGGAAGAAAUGAAACGAACCGGCAAAGAUCCGUGGAGUACGACCCUCAAUUGGUACUUCUUUGUCGUGACGAACUACUUCCUGUAUGGGGAGAGCAUCAUCUACUAUUUUAAGCACGUCGUCUUUGCCGAGGCCCAAUGGUUGCCGUUCGCGACCAACCACCGGAUUAUCAGUUUCACGCUCUACACCAUAGGCUUUGUCGGGUUCGUCAUGUCGCUCAAGAAGGGCUACUUGAAGCAGCAGUUUGGGCUUUUCGGAUGGGUGCACAUGUCGUUGAUGAUCAUUGUCGUUUCGAGCCAUUUCAUCGUGAACAACAUCCUGGAGGGUCUGAUCUGGUUCUGGGUCCCAGCCUCGCUCGUAAUCUGCAACGAUGUCUUCGCUUACAUCUGGGGUAUCACGCUGGGACGCACGCCAUUGAUCAAGCUUUCGCCGAAGAAGACUGUGGAGGGAUUUGUCGGCGCAUUCUGGAGCACGAUGAUCUUCGGAUUGUUGUGGGGAACGUACUUUGCGAGAUUCAACUACAUGAUCUGCCCCGUCCAAGAUCUGGGUGUCAGUGCUUGGAGCAACGUCACGUGCAAGCCCAACCUCAUCUUUGUCUGGCGAGAGUGGCAGAUUUGGCAACCAGUGGCCGCGUUCCUUUCCACUGUGAUUGGACGUCAGGUGACCACAAUCCCGUACACUCCGUACAUGUUCCAUCUGCUCUUCAUGUCUGGUUUUGCCUCGCUGGUAGCACCGUUCGGAGGAUUCUUUGCUUCCGGCUUCAAGCGAGCGUUCAACAUCAAGGAUUUCGGCCACAGCAUCCCUGGCCAUGGUGGAAUGACUGACCGGAUGGACUGCCAAUUCUUGAUGGGUGUUUUCGUCUAUGUUUACCACAGCAGUAUAAUUCGAGACCAUCACGUGACCGUGGGCUCAGUGCUGCAGACCAUUGUCAGCGGCUUGACGGUCGAAGAGCAACUGACAUUGCUAGCAGACCUGCAGCACUAUCUCGUCGGGCAAGGCAUUUCUGUUCCUUGCGCUACUCCGGUCUCUUGAUUGUAUAUAUUUUGUGCUGAAGUCAGCGUAUAAUCUACUCCAUUUCGGUUUCAGACGACGGUCCACUUGCACAAGCCGGACCAAGCCAUUGCCUUGCGACCCAAGCUCUUUUCGAAUGUCCGCCCCGACAGUCCUUUGGCGUCUCGGUUGUCGAACGAUGUUACGUAGUUGAGCUGGACGUCGCCCGUAACACCGCCUGGAAAGUAGACGCUAGCACUCCAGCCGCCCUCUGCGUCGGGCACCAACACCGUCUUUCUGUCGUCCGGUCCGUGAAUGAAAUAGACGUAAUUGUCGGCUUCGUCUCGGGACAUGUGUUCGCACUGCUUGAACAGGGUGAACGCACACCAAUGUCCGCUUGGUAUUUCAGCCUGUGAUGGUUGUAGAUGUUCCGCGUGGAACGCCAGCUGGUCGAAGCUGCCAAAGAGGACAGGGCCUGGAGGCGCCAAGAUAUAGUCCCUCCAACUCACGGGGCCUCCGUCCUCCUCCCCGAGUAGUUGGAAUGAAGGAUCAGUGGGGUAAUGCCGUCUUCCGAAUUCAGAUGCCGAAGAGUAGAACCACACCGGAGCGAAUCGCUGGCUGUAUUCAGAUCCCAUGAGGGCACCAGCGCCCCAGCAGGGAUCGAGCAGGCGCCAUUCGCCAUCGAGCAGGGCACAGUUCCACGCGUGAUUGCUUUCUUCAGGAGGACAAGGUGAUCCCGGUGGGAAGGCUGCGUAGCCAUAGCCCUUGCCAUGUCCGGUGACUUUGUGGACUUGUAGACCUGCGAUGGCUGCGAGCUCAGCAAACAGCCCAGCGAACCCAUCACAGACGGCUAGACCGGUCGAUAGUGUGUCCCCGGGAGACUGAGAAGCUGCAUACGGGAUUAGAGCGACCCAGAGCACGACCAUAUGCGGGAUUGACUCACGAAGGCAACCCGAGAAAAAGGACUGGACGUCGUAGAUUACGUUGAGGUGAAGCCAGUAGAAGAUGGCCCGGGCCUUUUCCGUUUCUGAUUCCCAUGGCUCUGUCAAAGCAUGAGCCAGUUCUGGUAUAGAACGGACACUGUGUCGGGGGAAUUGGCCGGCAUGUUCGUCGAUAACAGAGAAGUCGUGGCACUUGAUACAUGAAGCAGAUUCUUCGAGAUCUGGGUCAUGAUCUCCCAGCGGUUCCUCUUGAUAUGUCGGGUCCACCUCCGGUUCGGGAGGAGGCGUGGCAAGCCGUGGGGGUAGCCGUCUGGGAACGUGUGUCGGAGGAGGCGUCUCUGCAAUCUUUGUGACAGGCGGUGGGGGAGGCUGCCGGCUUAGUAGCUGUUGUGCCACUAAAUGGACUUGAUCUGAAUUUGACAUGCGACGGACGCACCCUGGCCAGAUUGAGUGCCGCAUCGUCGCAAUCGCUUGCGCGUCUUGCAGGAAGCGCUGGCGCUAGUCCUUGCGCGAGGGAAGAGUCAUUACGCCUCGGCGGAGGGCGUGGAGGAGCCUUGGACGCGAGUGAGACUGGUGGGCGUGCGACAUGAUCCAAUUGGAGAGUCAUUGGACAACGGGGCAGGCGGGGGCGGCGGCGGCACUCUGCGAGGUGCUCGUAACAUGGUAGAUGAAGCAAAGUACA